CAAAGACAACCCCUAGGAAGAGAAAUGAAUCAAAAGCCCAAAUUACCCCUUCCAACCCUCUUCCUGAUUUUGAAACCAUAGAUAGUUUUUUGAUAGAUGGAUAUAAAAAUGAAAAACUUAAGUUUUAUUGCACUAAUGAUGUUGGCUUGCUUGAGCCACAAGGUACAAGGGGAAACAAUAUGCAUGCGCGAAUGCCCAAGCCAAUGCAUGAAGCGGAACACCGAGGCACAAGAAAUCGAAUGCUACUUUUUUUGUGUUCUUAAUUGCGAACAAUGCCCCGAUAGCCCUGGCGGAUGCCCUCCCGACGAGGAAACGAAAAAGAAGUUGGCAAAAGCACAUUUGAACGGAAUGGAACAGGCGCUCUCACAAGGACACGAGGCAGGUGGCAGACGUAAACUCAAGAAUUAUUAAAUAGCGAAAAAAU